CGACGCAAGCCUUGCACGACCGCGUCGGGAUCCGAUCGGAUGGGGCGUAAACGUGCCGCCGUCUUCGAUGAGGAGGGGACAGGUGUCCCGAGGCCAAGAUGGGCCGAGGAGACGUACUUAAGCCGCCCACGCCGCGUGCUGCUGGCCACCCGCGCCCUCGCCCUCGUCACCCUCGCCGCAGUAGCAAUGGUCGCGACGCUCCUCCUCCUCUCCACGCUUCUGGCCAGCGCGGCCGCCGCGCCGCGCUCGUUCCCCAAGCAGAACAACGACUGCGGCGACGCGCUCAACCCGUACCCCGACGGCCGCCGGCUCACGUUCAACAAGGACGGCACGUUCAAGGUAGUGCUGUUUACUGAUCUGCAUUAUGGCGAGCGGGACGGCGGGAACGUGUGGGCCGAGUGGGGUGUUGAGCAGGACACCAACUCGACCCGCGUGAUGAACUACGCGCUCGACGACGAGUCGCCCAACCUCAUCGUGUACGGCGGCGACCAGAUCACGGGCGAGAACCAGCUGUGGGAGAACUCGACCGUGUUCCUGGACGAGAUCUUUGCGCCGGCGCUGGCGCACAAUACGCCCUUUACGACCAUCUACGGCAACCACGACGAGAGCUACAACAUCUCGCAUGUCCAGAGCUUCUGGUACGAGAAGACGCGCGCAAAGGCCAAGAAGCUCAGCUGGACGCAGAUGAACGACGCGUCGAGCGACGACCCGAAGGGCGUGUUCAACUACUACAUCCCGGUGUACGCGCACGACAAUGCGCGCGUCCCCGCGCUGCUGCUCUGGUUCUUCGACUCGCGCAGCGGCACCUUCAACUCGGGCUACUUCAACGUCACGGACGAGAAGUGGAUGUCGCAGGACUGGGUCGACCCCAAGGCCGCCACGUGGAUCAACGGCACGGCCGCGCAGAUGAAGGAGCAGUGGGGCAGCCUGCCCAAGUCGCUCGUGUACGUGCACAUCCCGCCCUCGCCGGCCCAGGCGAUCGGCAACGACACGGUCGCGAAGGACCCAGAGGACCACCCGGGCAUCAACUACGACGAGCCCGUCGACAUCCAGGGCCAGAACGGCGCCGCCUUCUGGGGCCGCAACACCCCCGACAAGGCCUUCUGGAACGCCGUGACCGGUACCCUUGGCGGCAGCGACGGCUCGGGCCUGAUUGCCGUCACGUCGGGCCACGACCACGGCAACGACUGGUGCGGGCGCGACGACUCGGUCGGGCCGUUCACCUUCUGCUUUGGCCGCCACACUGGCUACGGCGGCUACGGUAACUGGGCGCGCGGUAGCCGCGUCUGGCAAGCCCGGCUCGACACGGCCGGCGCCCUCGGCGACCUCAAGUCGUGGAUCCGCAUGGAGGACCACUCGACCGCCAACACGACCACGCUGGUCCAGAACGGCCAGACGACGCUCAUCAACUCGCACGACCCUGCGCCAAAGUAACAAACCAACUUCUGUGACAUUUCAUUUCUAUAUCUUUCUUAGGACAAUGGGAUCACGAGAUGUGAUACAGGCUUCGCUGGCUUGGCUUACGCCCGGAUGCCCUUGGCAAUGCCGCCAAUCAGCUCGACCAGCUCGUUCGCAUCGUUCUGCGCCAGCUCGGGGUUCUUUUCAAUCGUAAUCGCCUCGGUGAGCGCAGGGAACGUCGUCGAGCCGUAGCCGAGCCACUUGCCGGGCGCGACGCCCUUGUGGCGGUACCACUCGCGGUCCUUGAUGCCCUGCUCGGCGAUGAAGCCAGACUCAAAGUCGCGCAGCUUGACGUUGACCUUGCGGAUCGCCUUGAGCGUCUUGGCAAUCUCCUUCCAGUUGGGCAGGUGCGGCGAGGGCUUGGCAGCGGCGGGCGCGGCGUCGGGACGCUUGUCGUCAAAUACGACCAUCUUGGCCAGCUCGGCCGCCUCGGCGUGCGGGCACGGCGCGAGGCCGAACGCAUGGGCCAGGCGCUGGCCGUAGCUUCUGGGCGGGCGCUCGGGGAGCGCCGCGCGCAGCUUGUCGAUCAACUCGGCGCGCUCGGCGUCGAGCCCGGCCGACGCCGCGGCCAGGUCCUUGAUCGCGUCGCCGAGCGGCACGAGGUCGAGCGAGUCGUACCCCGCUCCAUGCUUCAGGUCCUCAAUCUUGGUGAGGUAGUAGGCCAGGUCGCGCGCAUACUGCGUCGUGUUGAAGGGAAGAAUAACACUGUCGGCGAGACGGAGGGUAAUCAAACCGAUAAUCUUGGCCGCCUCAGUGUGCUUGUGGAAGCCGGGGUCACCAAAGUGGCUGACCCAGUGGUGCGAGUCGUAGAUCGAGUGGUAGUGGUACACGGGGUCCUUGGGUCCGCCGGAGAAGGAGAAGUCGGUCGACGCGAUACCGUAGCGCUGCAGGAAAGCAGUGUAGUCCGAGCCCGAGCCAAGGGGGUUGACGCCAGAGCCACCGGCUGCGACGCUCUCGGCCUUGGCCGGCGCGAGAGACGGGUGGAGGGCGGCGUUGAACUCGUCCCAGUCACCGCCGGCCGCGCGAGCGUCCCACAGGCUCACACCAGGCUGGGUGGUCUUCUCAAUCUCCUGCGCCGCACCGCGGAGGAGGAGGGCAAGCGAAGGCGAAGCUGACGCGCGCAGGUUCUGGCCGCUCGAGCUGGAGUCGAGGUUGAGGUACGCCGCCGCGUGGCCCUGCAGCCAGUCGCCAAAGUCCUCGGCCCACUCGGUCGACCCGACGAGGCCGUACUCCUCUGCGUCCCACGACGCGAGGAUGAUCGAGCGCAGGGGCUUCCAGCCCUUCUUGAUGAGCUCGCCGAGGCCGCGGACGAGCUCGUACUGGCUCGCCGUGCCCGAGUUGGGGUCGGCGCCGCCGAGAACCCACGCGUCGCGGUGGUUGCCGACAAUCACGACCUCGUCGGUGAUGUGUCCGGGCACAAUGGCAAGCGUGUUCCAGACGGGCGUGACGCGCGUGUUGACCUCGUUGACAAGGUGCACCUCGACGUCGGACGGACCAGUAAAGUACUCGACGCCCUUGUAGCCCAGCCCACCGUCGAAGCUCGCGUCAAGGUCGGACGCCGGGAUGCCCUUGCCCUUGAGUGCCUUGAGGAGCGGAAUCGCGUCCUCGUAGCUGAGAGGGAGCGAGGGGAUGUCGGGGAAGUUGCCGCCCUCGAUACGCGUCGCGUUCUUGUACGCCGGCUCGCCAGGCGUGGUAGGGUCACCGGGGUACUUGGAGAGGAACUGGACCGAGCCGCGCUGCACCGACGAGGGCACGCGCGCAGGGCCGGCAGGGUACUGCUCGUAGCCGUUCGCCUCGGUCACCUCGCCGUCGUCUCCGGGGUCGGUGAAGAUGAGGGUUCCGAUCGCGCCGGCCUCCUGCGCCGCCUUGACUUUGAGGCCGCGGAACACGCGGCCGUACUUGACGAGCGCAAUCUUGCCCGUAAAGUCGAUGCCCUUGGACUGGAGCAGCUCAAAGUCGUACUUGGUACCGUAGCCGGCGUAGAUGUACUGCCCCUGCACGUUGCCCGAGACGCUGAACCCGUGGAACACGGGCACCUCGUCGCGCAGCCGCGAGUCGGGGUCGCCGGGGAGGUACUCCUCGCGCAGCUUGGCGUGCACUGGCGGGUCGGUGAGCAGCGUGACUGACGACGAGACGGGCGUGUUGAGCACGGGGUAGUACGUGUCGAUCCAGACGCCGAGCUUCUUGAGCGCGCCCUCGCCGCGGAUACGCGACUGCGACUCGUGAGACCCGGCCUCGUAGAUGUGCUCGUCGGUACCGGACUGACGAAGGCCAAGCGCCGCCUCCCAGUCGUUCUUGACCUGCAGCGCCGUGAUGAGGUCCCAGCCUGUGCCGGCGGGGUGCGCGUUGGCAGUGUACCUGCGCGACGCGGCUGCCGCCGAGGUGUUGCUCGGCACGUCGAGGUAGAUCUUCUCGGCGCGGUGCGGCGAGACCCACUUGUGCGGGUGCUUGUGGUCGGGGUGGUGGGGGUGCUUGUGCUUGUGGUCGUGGUCGCCGUGCUUGCCCUUCACCGCCGCGGCGUAACCCUGCGUCGCCACGCCGGUCCAGUACGCCUCGACGACGGGGUCGACGGCCUCGACCUCGGUCGUAGAGGUGGCACUGUUGAGGACAGACGCGAGGCGCGGGAUGACGAGCAGACCGAGCACGGUGAACAGCGCGAUUUGCAGCGCGCCGACCUUGCGGCGGCGCGUACCGCUCGCCACGGGCUGCGGGAGCGUGUCGUCGCUGCUAGGCAGCGGGGCGUACUCUCUCUUCUCGGCCACCAUGGUGAUGGACGUGAUGUGGGAAGAAGAGGAAGAGUGA